GGGCUGUCAGUCAAGCAGCGCGCGGCCCGCCCUGCCGCGGCCGCCGUACGGGGAGCGCUUCCCGCGCGCCGUCCGGGUCUCCCGGAGCGCUUCCUGCGCAGCCGCGCCGGGCGCUGGCCGGCGCACAGCUGUCCUUGCGGCCGCUCCGCUCCGGGCUGCUGCCGCUGUCACCGGCUGCCGGGACGGUGCCCGCGGGCCGGGGCGGCUCCGUCCGCGCAGAGCUUCGCUGAGAGGCUCGAGGCUGAGCCCGGCGCACCCGCGGAGUCGCGCAGGGCCGGGCCCAGCGGCGGCGCAGUCGCCGGUCGCCCCCGUUCCGCCUCCUGGUGCCGCAGCGUGCAGAGACGGGGAGCAUCCAGCUAGGCCCAGGCGUGCGAAAGUUUAUUUGUGAAGAUAUGGCCUCCAGCAUUGGAAAUGAAAAGAGUGUGAAUCCUGUGCUCAGAAUAAGUCAGCUUGAUGCUCUUGAACUAAACAAAGCCCUGGAACAACUAGUGUGGUCCCAGUUUACCAGCUGUUUUAAUGGAUUUAAACCAGGGGUGUUGGCUCAUUUUGAACCAGAAGUAAAAGCAUUUUUAUGUCUUAUAUUAUGGAAAUUCACUAUCUAUUCCAAGAACGCAACUGUGGGACAGGCUAUUCUCAAUAUUCAGUACAAGAAUAACUUAUCUCAGACAGAGAAAUACCAACCUCUGAGCAAACACCAGAAGUUAUGGUAUCUUAUUUUCACUGUUGGUGGAAGAUGGUUGGAGGAAAGAUGUUAUGAUUUAUUCAGCAAUCGUCAACAGCAAUCUUUCUGCAAAAUUAAGAGCUGUAUAGGUUUUGGGUCUGGACUUCUUAAGCUUUGUGGACUUGUAAAUUUUCUGAUUUUUCUUCGGAAAGGAACAUUCGCAACACUUACAGAACGCAUUCUAGGAAUUAGGUCAGUUUUUUGCAAGCCGCAAAAUGUUCGUCAGAUAGGAUUUGAAUACAUGAACAGGGAACUCUUAUGGCAUGGCUUUGCUGAAUUUUUGAUAUAUCUGCUACCACUCAUUAAUGUACAGAAACUGAAACUUAAAAUUUCCUCUUGGUGCUUACCUAUCACAGGUCUUUCCAAUAGUGAAAACACAUUAGCAGCUCACUGCAGGGAAUGUUCACUGUGUGGGGAAUGGCCUACCAUGCCACAUACCAUAGGCUGUCCACAUGUUUUUUGUUACUACUGUAUUAAAAGUAACUUCUUAUUUGAUAUGUAUUUUACAUGUCCUAAAUGCGGCUCAGAGGUACACAGUCUUCAGCCAUUGAAGCAUAAAAUUGAAAUGACGGAAUUCCAUAUCUGAUACGAGGUUGAUUUAGUUUUAUACUGUACAUGAUAGAUAUCAAAGAGAUUAACAGAAGAAUUCAGAAAUUAUUGAAAGCAGACUGCUGAAAGAUGCUUUUGGGGACUCUGUAAUUUAUAUAACAUGUAUUUUUACUGGUCUUAGGUUUUUAUUGAGUAACAGUGCCAUAAUGCCCUACUCACUUGGCAGGUUAGGGGAAGGUAGUUGGAUUUACUCUGGGUGGCGUGUGGGAGAAACAACACCAACAUUCUCAGGAGGUUCAAGACUUGCAAACUUUAGAACAUUCUAUUUGAAUAAGGCAUUUAGCAAACUUUGAUUUAGCAACCUUAAACUUACCCAGACACAGUGCCAUUACGAACUUACCUAGUAGAUGGAUUAAGUGGGAAAGUUGUUCUUUCAUGCCUAAAGAAUAAUUUUAAAUUUGAAUUCCCAAUAUGAUGUUACACUAAAAAAACCCAAAGGUAUAAAUAAUGUUUAAGGAAAACAGUGCAUGCAGCUUCUAGACCUGAGAUGACAACUAGUUUUCUCAGGCAGAUAUGUCUCUGAGCUUCAAUUAAAUAUAUACUGUCUUCCCUCAGAACCUGAGGGAUGAAACCCAUCAUCCAUUGGAAUGUGGCAGAUAUUCAGGGUAACCCACAUUCUUCUGAGUUGGAGACACUGAAUAAAACUGUUCACUCACAAGAUUCUGUCUGUAGGAAUUGCCACUUGUGGUUUUUUGGUGUGGUCUAGGUCGGUGUCAAAUCUCAGAGCUCACUUCCAUAAAGAAAAAGAUCAAACACAGUUAUGUGCUUGAUUAAUAUAUGCAUGUUAAGAUAUUAAAAUAGGUUAUUGCCUGCUUUUUGCUUUCACUAUUUGCUUUCUUAGUUGCCUUUGCAAUGUUUUAAUUGUUCUAAAUGUUCUUCAUCCAUUCACUCUUCAACCUGGUUUUAUAGGAUUAUCUUAUUUUUAAUUGCAGUCCUUUUUUAACAGGAAGUGUUAUUUAGCAGAGUCUUAUUAACACAAAAAUACAUUACAUCCUCUUUUGAAUGUUAAUUUAUCAAAAACCAUAUAUAGUUAAAUUAAAUAAAUUGCUUUAUGGUGGCUCUGUUCUUGAUUGGCAAUCACCAAUAGUCAGUGCCAAAAAUAGCAGGGUAACAGCUGAUUGAGUAACUUUGAUCUACUUUUAUGAAAUGGUUUAUUACAUUCUUCAUUCUGCAUUCUGAUUAGAACAACCCACUCGUCUAUUUGUUUGAAGAUCUUAAAUUCUAGGUUUUGAUCUUUAGAGUGACACACAGUGCUUUCAUCUGAUGUAAUUAGAUAUAGUUAGCGGGUGGGCAGCCAAAAACUUCAUUAAUUCUGCUACUGUUCUGUGAGUCAACAGAGACUUCAGAGCAAGUGCUUCCAGAUACUGUGCUGCAAUAUUUGCUGUCAAAUGUGUGUAUUAGUAGCCUACCAUAUUUCUGUUAUUUGCUGUUGCAAAUAGAACCAGCAGGUGCAAACCUGUUUUAAUUAGAUUAUGAAAACUGGCAAGUCAUUUGGAGAGCAUUCUGAAGUUACUUCUUGAUCCUGAAGGAAUUUUGUAUGAAUUGUCCUUCCACAUCACUUCAUAGCUUUUCCCAAAGAAAUGGUUUAGCAACACUGACUUCAAGGUGAUCUAAUUUCUCCAGAAACAUCAUCAGUAUUUUUGGUACUUUAUCUUUGUUUUUUAAUAAAGACUUGUAUGCAUUCAAAAUCCAGUGUUCAUAGCUCACAGUCAUAGCAGACGUCUGUUUGCUGUGGACUCUUCAUUUAUUUUGAAGUUUCAGAGCAAUAUUUUAUCAAAAGAACAUGGAUUCUCUGUAUUGGCCUCUGCUAGGUGUCAUGCCCUUCUUAUGUUGGAGUUUGCUUCUUUCCUAUAUAGAAAUGUUUCAUUUUCCUGAAUAUUAAAGAAUGUUACCUUCCUUUUUCAUUCCACCUCCCUGUGUCCUGCUGUUUGAUGUGCGUAAGCUGUAUGACUUUCCUGGGGUUUGUUUUGUCUCUUGCAGCUUCAUGCAGGCAAAGUUUGUGCUCUGUUUUUUAUCCCUGUUACACUGUCAAUAAAAAACCUGUUUCAAGCAGUUUAGUACCUCUAGUUUACAGCUGGUUUCUGCUAGCUCUGCUAUAUCACACUUUACUGGGGUUUUUUUUCUGGAAUUAAAAUUCUGAUGCUUAACUUAUGCUAACUUACUAUAGCAAAGCACUGGGCUACUUCUGUAGCACCUCCUCAUCACUGUGUUAGGUUUGUAGCCCAUAGUAUUUACAGAGUUUGUAAAGUCUGUGUCUUGUGGCAUAAACAGUUUUUGUUACCCUAAGAACCUAGAUCUUUAGGUGGGGGUUUAGUUCUUUUAUUUUCCAUGCAAGUAAGCAGGUGCGAAGCAUCCCACAGAAGUAGGUGGUUUGGGAAAAGUAUGGUUUUUUAUGUCACAUACACUUGUUUAUUUUUUAAAUUUUUUUUUAUCUCCCAUAUGGUAAAACCUUUGCUCAGUUGUAGUCACUAAAGAGACGAGGGUUCCAACUUGAGUAUUGAAAAACUUACCUUUUUAGUACUUCAAUAUUCAGCAUUUUCCUGAAACACUUUAAAAUUAAAAAUGUACUUUCAAAAAUAUUUUAAUUGUGUUUUGUUGUCUCUUUUGGUCUAUAAGUUGCAGAAGAGUCUUGGUUAAAGAUAUUACAGGAAAAAAAAUCAGAUUCUUUGUAGACUAAUCAAAGAAUAAUUAGUUUUACAUAUUAAUUACUUGGAUAAUUUGUGCUCAUAAACAUUAUAUUUUUCAGGUUUAAACUCUAACAAAGGACUGCUACAUCUGGUCCUACUUCUUGCAGUCGAGGGAAUAAAUUUUGUUUUGGAAAGUUAAUCUUUAAACCAUUAGAAUGUACUUGUGAGAUGUCAUAUGUGCAUCAGUGAAAAGGAUAAAUACUUAGAAUUUAAGGAAGCUAAAGGACUAGAACUUCUGUUCAGUCCUGGAUAGGAGUUACAUCCAUGUAUUACCAGUUUUCUUUGUGCUGUGUUGACUUCGUGUGCUACAUGAACCAUUUUCAUUAUCAAAAAUCAAAAAAUGAAAGCAUGAAUGAGAAUUACCAGUUGCCACAGGGUGUGACUGGGGAGGCAUUCACGUGAAAGAAGUCAGAGAAUGCUGGUUUUUAACUUCCACAAAAUGCCAUUUCAUCUACUCUGUACGUUUUAAGGGAGGCCUUAUAUAAGUAAUUUUAUAGAAGAUUAAAAGCGGGAGUUUCUAUGAAAGAAAUAAGAGGGAUAAUACUUUUUUUUUUAAGUGUGAGAUAUGAUGAACAAGGAUGAUCUCAGCAUUAGUAAAGAGAUGGUGUGAAGAAGAUGAAAAAUAUGCAUUUGCUAAAUACAAUCUAUUAUAAUGUCCUUAUUUGAGUAUACUAAUACAAUUGUUAUCUGGGAUGUGUCAUUCUUAUGAAAACCGAGUUGACAAAUAAAUGAUGUUUUUAACAGGAAGUUCUGAGGUUUGCCUUUUUCUUAGGAGAGUUUUUCUGGAAAAGUGGUUAUUUCUUACUCAGUGGGUGACUUCAUACUUUGUCAUGUAUGAGACUAAAAUGCAAAGUGAGAAACUAAUUUAGACUUCUCUUCAAAAAUUUCUUCCAUUUUAGGUUUAAGCAAAUUACCUUUUCACAUUUCUUCUUUUGAGCAGACUAGUCACACCUGUUACACCUCACUUUGUGUUUGCUAGGAAGCUGUGUUGGCUUGUACUGAGAAGAGAAUAUUGUAGCAUGACUAGGCUCAGGAUAGGGUAGUGCUUAUUGCCACAACAGAUAAUAAACUGAUGGUCAUUUACUUUUUAGAACAUUACGGUAGCCUGAGCUACUGCAAGUCACAGUGUAUACAACCAAAACAGCAGAAGCAGUUUCAAAGUGGUGCUUCAACCCCUUACCUAUUCCCUGGAGGAACUCUUAGCAGAAUUGGUUGAAUAGAUUACAGCUGCCUGCCUUCAACCUCCCAAGAGCAUUUUACAUGCUGACAACGUUAAAACAUCCACCUAAAUUGUUACCACUGACUUAAGUUUCUGCCAUUCCAGGGGAGUUGGCUUCCAAAGUGAGCAGCUGGCAAAGUGGCCAAAUAUUCAAGGAAAAGACAUUUGUGGGCAGAAUCCCUCUCUGGGGGGUUGGCACCAGAUGAAUCACAAACAUGCACAGGCAUGUUUGUUCAGCAUCUGCUAAAGCAAACUAGUCAUCUUUUCUGUUCUCUGGAGCAUACCUGGGUUUAGAAUUCUCAAAUUAACUCUUGAUCUGCAUGCAAAAAUGCAGAUCUGUUUCAGAUAAGAGGUGUAGGCCAACUUGAACAGCAGCAGGUGCACAUAGUUCUAUGUCUUGCAGGCAGUUUUUAAUAAGUACAAAAUCCUCAGCUGCAUACCUCUCUGAUCUUGGGGCUCCUAAGAGAACAAACUGGUGCAAAGUAUGAUAAAGUUAGCCAGUUUGCUACUAUUCAUCUCAUAUCUGUCUACUUUGAGGAACAUAUUUCAGGGAUAUUUCAGGGAGGAAAAAGGUUAUCAGUCUUGUAAAUGCUCUGCAUUAGGCUAUAUUUGAAGGCCUGUAAUGGGAAAUGAAACAUGUUGGAGUAGCUUGGGAGAGUGAGAAGCUGACUCUUCUCUCUUCUGCCAUUUUCUGUAUUUAUUGCAAUCUUUGAACUUCUUGACUGCAGAACUGGCAAUUUUCAUUAAUGUGACCAGAGCAUCCUGUCAUGUUCCCUAGCUUUUAGUCACUUGCCAGUAGCUGGUGUGCCAUCUUGUUUAAAGCCCUUACCUAAACAGACCUUCAGGACACACUGUGCCAAGGAAAUAAUCCUAGAUAGCAUCUCCAGAUUGUGCAAUUGGCAGGGAUACCUCUGUUGCAAUAACUGUGUCAAGGAUAAUCCUUGGAGAUGCCUUAAUGGGAAAAAUUCACAUGUUACAGGUCCAGUAGAAGUCGUCAGGUACCCAAUUCCCUAACAAGAUUGUUUGCUUACUCUCUUCUGUAGUUCUUUGUGGCCUGAAGACAGGGUGCAGAAAGGAUCAGGGUUUUCUGCCUAGAGCCAGGGCACUCCCUGGGGAUAGGUCCCUAGGAGAGUGCUUGUUGCAGCAGGCAAAGACAGUAAAUUGCAUCUGUUGCAGUACUGCCUCUUACAUGGGAAUAUGUAUUACCUCAAUACUUGCAAAGAGUGUUGAAGCUUGUCCUGUUCUAUUGAGAUCUACUGCCUGUUAUACGGUUACUCUGAAUGAAUUCUCUCCUAUUGUACCCAGUUUUGAUACAGUCUUUUAGUCAUGGUUGUGCAUGGUGCAGUAAGGGACAACAGGCUUGGUGUUCUGGGUGUUGACAGAUGUCCAGUUUGUCACUGGUGAUCUUCAUCUUAAUUUCGGAUGCAUUAAAACACAACAGAAACUGCAAACAUACUAUGUGGGAGGCAAUUAUCUGGAUAGAGAUGCAUGACUUAUGACAAGGCAUAAGAAGCAGUGUGCAUAACGCAGACCUAGGGCUCAUUAAGUUUUUCUUAAAAUGCUUUUGUGCCUGUUUGCACUUAAAUAGGGAAGUUUCUCAUGGGUGACUACCAUAGCCGCUAAACAGUCUCUUUGUAAUUAAUAAAAGCUUAUAUGAUGUAUGUGCAGUACUUAUUGAUAACUUCUAACUUCAGCCUCUUUUGAUGCAGGCUGCUACCAAAGAUUGUGGAUUCCAUGGAUUGUUCCACCUAAUAGUCCAUGGUUCAAAGACAGAGAACAAAUAAUGACCAUUGCUUCAGGAUACUUUUCAUAAAUGCUCUAACAUCUCCAUGACUGCUACGCUACCAAUAAUAACAACCUAUCUCUGAUGUAUUUUGUAUUAAAAAGGAUAAGAAUAAGGCAAAACUGGAGACAGGUGCUGAACACCAGAAUUAGAGCUUUGGAGGAAUGUGGCUGCUGGAUAGACAACAUGAGGAUUUCAGAGGGCCUGUUGUAUGCAAAAACUGUACACUCCUGUUUGUUCUGUAUACUGAGGACAGAAUGGUCCAUGUGGUGUGUGGUAUUUCUUCUCCAAAAGCAAUGCUUGAAUGGCCAGAGCAUGCUGUAGGUGCAAGCAUGAGAUGGGCAAUUAGCCAAGUGGCACAGCUUCUAUUACACAUGUUGUGGAAAACAGGGUAACAGUUCAGUUGUGUUUGGCUGGUUGCCUCCAGGUUUAAGCAAGCUGGCCAUUGCAGAAGAUAUAGAUGGACCUGCAACAUGCUGUCUCUUGCAUCCUUUCACAAUUCCUGUGACUGAUGGCAGCAACAGCAGUCACCCUGUAACAAUUUCAAAGGUGGUAGAGUGGCAAGGCACAAAAAAGUGCAGGUUGCUCAUUGCAUCAUUGCUUAGUGCCACAAAACCCAGCUUCAUAAAAAUAUAAAUUGAUCCAAGAAAAACUGGUGCAUUAUCCAUGCUUGCAGAACCAAUAUAGAUAUCGGGACAUGGAGAUUAGAAGUAUGAAGAAAAUGGCACUUGGAAGUUUUUCACAUACACAGCAAAACAGCUUUUGCUGCAGAAAUGCAAAAUGCAUUAGUCAUUAAGAAUAGAUACUGCACAUUUCCAGUCACCUACAGCUAUUCCUGGAAAUACACAACAGGAUCAAAAAAGAAAUAACAUUCAAGCUGUGAAAUACUUUACUGAAAUGUCUCAAGAUUUUAAAGGAAAUUAAAAGAUUGUAACAAUCAAACUCAACUCUUGCCGAAUGUAAGAAUAAAACAGUUUGGUAAUUCUUAAAAUUAGCUCCACUAAUUAAUUUGCAGGCAUAAAACUCUCUUAAGAUACCUAUGAUUGUGAGAAGUUGCUUUUCACAAUGAAAUGGUUUGUUCUUAUACCUAAGCUAUUACUUUAACUCAUGCUUUAGAGAGGUUGUUGGGGGACAUUCAAGGAAAAGCAUGUAACUGCUUUUCCAUUAUUACAGAGAGACACUGCUUGCUUUCUCAGGAACUGCUUAUGAGCAUGAUGUUUUAGAUCUACUUGUUGAAGCAGAACAUUUAUUUUUUGGUAAAAGCAUUAAUUUUAUUAUAAAAUAUAUUAAGUAUUAAUUUUAUUUUAAAAUAUAUUAACAACGGUGACUGUUAAUAUUGUCCUUGCUUUUUUUCGUUCUCUUGUAAGACCUUAUGGAAUGGAUAAAAAUUUUAAUUCUAUUACAGAAGUAAAACCCUUUUUGGCAUUUUGUAAGUCAAUGAUGAUAUUCUGUUAGUGGCUGCCUUUUCAGUAAUGUGGUGGUCUAAAUUCUGAAUUCUAUUAUUUUACAUCUGCAGCAACUGAAAGUAUAUUUUUUUAUAAACAGCAAACUUCACCUCAUAAAAAUUCAUUACAUAAGGGCAUAAACAAGUACUUUUCCUUGCAGUCAUUGGCAGUAAGUGAUUCAUCAGUUUUCCACAGAAAACCAAUUUCAUUGCAGAUGUUCUGCAGACUCCCUGAAUUGUAGAAUCAUCUCAUCCAAUCCCAGCACAAGGAAUGUAGGAAUUUUUUUAAAGGGUGGAAAAAAGGCUGUGCUUAGUCUUUUUAAUAGGAUUGAAUAUCAUUUGCUGUCUCAUCAGUUUUGUGAAAUAACCAUAAAGUAAUCAGCUUGCCAUUCUUUCCUUCCCUGUACAGGCUAUCAACUUACUCACAAUGCUGAUUUCAUAGCAAGUGCAUAAGUGAAUAAGUUGCAGGAGAGCAAAAUCUUCCUUUGAGGUUAAACAAAAUGUAACUGGGUUACAUAGUUGUCUCUCCUUCUUUUCUUCAUUCUUUCUGUUCUCCUUAAUUUCUUUUUCCUUGCUUUUUUCAUUCCUUUCUUCCAUUCUUUCCUUCUUGUUUUAUACUUCAAAAUAUAGAACUUUCCCAUAGUAAUCAGCCACUAAUUAUCAUUGUCCAACAAACUUGCCCUUUUUCUUCCUGAUUUUUUUUUUAAAUUAGAGUUUAUUUUUCUAAGAACCAGUAAUUAACUGGUUAAUUCAAUUCUGUUUUUUCACAAUGAGCCAGAAAUAAAGGAUAGACCUAAAAACUACUUCUUGCUAGUGUGUGCAAUUUUGUUUAAUUCUGUUCUGUAUAACAUAUAUAAUCCACCCUACUAUAUUUCCACUGCAUUAACUUAUGUAGACACAAAAUUCAAUUCUGAUAGCUGAAGGAUGAAAAGGAGACAAAGGAAUAUAUUAAGAUGAAAGUGAAAAUGUAUGGAGAAAGUUUGAAGAAGAGAAACCAGAAAAGUAGCUGGCAAUCAGCAGGAAUGAGAAAGAGAUUUUUUUUCCAGGAGAAGGAAUUAAUUUUAUUGAUAUCUCCAAGAGGGUGUUGAAUUUAGUCCAUAGAGAAGAAGCUGAUAGUACUAAAAUGCACAUUUAGUAAAUGUUCAUUACAGCUUUAAGUCUUUCUGUAACUCUUCUAUUUCCCAUUUUGUUUUCUCCGUUGGUACUGUUCUUAACAUAGUUUAGAGAGAACAUUCCUCCAAACCUGUAAAUCAGUUAACUAAAACUGACAAGAUCCAGUCUAGAAUCAUAAAAUUAAAGAAUUGUUUAAUUUGUAAAAGACCUCUAAGAUCAUCAAAUCCAACCGUUGUCCUACCACUGUCAAGUCCACCACCAAACCACAUCCCCAGGUACCACAUCUAUAGGUAUUUUAUAUAUCUCCAGGAUGAUGACUCAACCACUUCCAUGGCAGCCUGUUCCAAUGCUUGACAAUCUUUUGCAUAAAGAAGUUUUUCCUAAUACGCAAUCCAAGCCUCUCCCGGUGCAACGUGAGGCCAGGUCCUCAUAUCCUAUCACUUGUUGUUCAGACAAAGAAACUACCCCUACAUCCCACCUCGCCACAGCUUCCUUUUAGGGAGUUGCUGAGAUCAAAAAGUUCCCCCCUGAAUUUCCUAUCCCUCAGACUAUACAACCCCAGCUUCCUCAGCCGCUCCUCAUAAGACUUGGGCUCCAGACACCUCACCAGCCCUGCUGCCUUUCUCUGGACACACUCCAGCACCUCAAUGUCUUUUUUGUAGUGAAGGGCUCAAAAUUGAGUGUAGGACUUGAGGUGUGGCUUCACCAGUUCCAAACACAGGGCAAUGAUCACUGCCUUUGUCCUCCUGGCCACGCUCUUCCUGCUAUAAGCCAGGAUGGCAUUGGCCUUCUUGGUCAGUCAGGCACACUGCUGGCUCAUGUUCAGCCAGCUGUCACUUGUCACCAGAGAGAAGAGAUUGGUGCCUGUCCCUUAACUCUCCCUUCAGUGUCAGCUUCUCCAGCCUGAACAGACCAAGUGACCUCAGCUGCUCCUCAAGGCUCUUCACCAUCUUUUUUGCCCUCCUUUGGAUACUCUUUAACAGCUUAAUGUCUUUCUCAUAUUCUAGCACCCAAACUUACACGCAGGACUCAAGGUGAGGCUGCAUCAGCAGGUAGGAUAAGGUCAAACGGGACCUGCCUGUUACAAAUGCUUGCUGGAUCAGCCUGAUGCUCUGAUUGUCCUGCAUGUGCCAUGUGAUGGCACUCAAGAUGAUCAGCUCCAUGAUCUUCCCUGGCACUGAGGUCAAGCUGACAGACCUGUAGUUCCCCAGGUCCCUUUUCUGUCCCUUCUUGGAGAUGUGUCACAUUUGCCAACCUCCACUGAACAGGGACCUCCCUGAAUCCAGAAAUGCUGGUAAAUGAUUGAAAGUGUUUCAAUGCACAUUUCCUUAUCUUGUAUGUAUAAUGCCUUAUCUUGUAUCUGUAGACAAAAAAAUAGUAUGUAAUUCGAUGUUGAAAAUGAAUGGUGAAAGUCCUAAAAAAGAAGCCUUUGUUCAAAGUUCGAGAAAACAAAAAUACAGAUCCAACUGACUUUUUUUGACCAGAUCAGAUACAGGAGUUCAACAUUUAACAGGAGUGCAACAUUUAACAGCUAUGCUAUACUACAUCAGAAACUGAACCUGUCUGGGUUUUUUGGUACUCUGGCCAGUAUACAUGGCACAGUUCCCAUCUGUGUUAGUAAAUUCACUACCCAUCAUAAAAAGAUGGCUUUAAAUGCUUGAGCCCAACUGAGUGUAUUUAUGUCUAUAAACAACCACAGAGAGUUAAUUUCUAAGUAAUUUCAAAUGGUAAGUAUUCUCCAUGUAUUGCAAGUAUUCUCAGAUUGUCCAGUGUCACUGAGCUCAAUAGUAGAUAAAAACAGACAGAAUGCAUGCUGCCUUCUUCCACUAACCCCCACUAAAAAAAAAAAAAAAAAAAAAAAAAAA